UCCUGUGGGUCUGAUGUUAUGUGUGCCAUGGACUCAGCCCAGUAAUAUUGACAAUAGGGUGAAAAGAGAUUGUCCCAAAUUAAACACAUUCUAAAGAAAACAACCGGAAAACCCAGGGGUACGCUGCAAGCUGUUGAUACCAUCAACAAUCAGGGAAUGUGAUUCAUUUAGCUGCAUCUCCUUACACAUCCGUAUUUCGUUAUUAAUGGGACACGGAGGAUUAUUUCGUUAGAAGGUAAAAGGUACUUGUGGGUUUGGCUGUUCAAAAAGGCCAAGAUAGCCGUUUCUGCUGGUGUAGCCACUGCUGGAAGAGGCCAACUGCACAGGAUUGGAAAUACCUUUGUGGAAAUACUGAUUUGAAAGGAUCGCUCCUCGCCAAAAUCUUCGCCACCCGACAUACAGAGGAUCAAGGGCUAUGUCCUCGGCGGCCAGCGUACCUCCAUCUGUGGAUAAAGUGGACGGCUUUUCUCGGAAGUCGGUGAGGAAGGCCCGACAGAAGCGAUCACAGAGCUCCUCCCAGUUCCGCGCUCAGGGCAAACCUAUCGAGCUCACGCCUCUCCCUCUGCUUAAAGAUGUCCCCGCCGUGGAGCAGCCGGAGCUGUUCUUGAAGAAGCUGCAGCAGUGCUGUACGGUGUUCGACUUCAUGGACACGCUGACGGACCUGAAGAUGAAGGAGUACAAGCGCUCCACCCUCAACGAGCUGGUGGACUACGUCACCGUCAGCAGAGGGUACCUCACCGAGCAGGCCUACCCGGAGGUCGUGAAGAUGGUGUCCUAUAACAUAUUCCGCACGCUCCCGCCCAGCGACAGCAACGAGUUUGAUCCUGAGGAGGACGAACCCACACUGGAAGCCUCAUGGCCACACUUACAGGUGUGUGUGUGUGUGGAUCAGAUGUGGGCCUUUCUAUAG